AUGGUUUGCAUUGCGACCCGCCUUCUCCGUGUGGGCAACGCUAGCCCACAACACCACUGGUCGAGCAAGACCACAAACUCACAAACCGCCGGCCAAGUUCACACCAGCAAUUCCGGCUCACAUGCCACAACCUCCCACUCGGCGUCUUCGGACGUUUCCUUCCGCGUGGUCAAGAAACCUCACCAGGGGAACCACCACCACGCCCGUGAACAAGAAGGGUCUCCUCAUCCCCGAGACCUCAUCAUCCAGUUCGUGCUCGCCCGCAAAGCGGAGAGCCUCUACAUCCCCUGGGUGGACCUCUACACCGAGCACCCGGAACUCCUCGGCAAGCCGCGCUACGACCUGCCGGCAUUCAAGUGCAGCGACCGCCCGAUCUGGGCCGAACACAUGACCUUCAAGCCGUCCACCGCCCUCCUCGUCAAAUUCCACCCCGUCCCGCGCUGGACCCCUGCGGCCCCUGACCACCCCCUUUGCAAGGCAAUGUCACCGGCCGCGUUGGAACACUUCCACGCCUGCUGCUACGAGGAGUAUGUUCGCUCGUGCGCGAAUUGGGAGGAUGGCGCCCGUCAGGCGAUCCGCAAGGCCACGGUGGGGAUGCUCCUCGAGGCUUCGGAGGAGAUUGAGGGCGACGAGUCGGAGUUUUGGCAAUUCAACCUCGUGCCAAGGGCGGUGAGGUUUGCGCUCCCGGCGGCGAAGAAGGCGAUGCUCACCAAGAAAGACAGGGGAUAUUGUGAGGUUGCUCCGAUGUGUGUGAGCGAGAGUUGUGUUGUGCGUGUUGAGAAGUGGUUGGACAAUGUGGUUGUCCCUGUUGGUGUUGGUGAGGCCUGGUGGCGUUGA